AUUGCCACAAUACGUCCGCCCAGUAUGCGAUAACCAAUCAAAUUUCGCAUUACUGUCGAGAAGCUCACCAAUCCGCACCGCCAACAAAUGAUGUCAAGCAAAAACCCAACCAAUGGGAUAGGAUGACAUGGGCAUGAAAGGAAAACGAGAAGAGACGUUGCGCAUACAAAUGUUUUGUGAAAAACAAUAAUUGUGGUGGUGAAUUCAGUUGAUAGUAGUUACAGUACUUGAGGACUCCAUAUAAAGGCCUCACUAUGGGUGAACCUCAGCAGGUGAGUGCCCUGCCUCCCCCUCCUAUGCAGUACAUCAAGGAGUACACGGACGAGAACAUCCGCAAGGGGCUCAUCCCCAAACCCCCUCCUCCCAUUCGAGACACCUACAUGAUGUUCGGCAACCAGUUCCAGUGUGACGACCUGAUCAUCCGACCGCUGGAGAGCCAGGGCAUUGAGCGGCUCCACCCCAUGCAGUUUCACCACAAACGGGAGCUCAAGAAGCUCAACAUGUCCAUCCUGGUGAAUUUCCUGGAUCUCCUGGACAUCCUGAUCAAGAGCCCUGGCAGUAUAAAGAGAGAGGAGAAGCUGGAGGACCUGAAGCUGCUGUUUGUCCACAUGCACCAUCUGAUCAAUGAGUACCGUCCGCACCAGGCCAGAGAGACCUUGAGGGUGAUGAUGGAAGUGCAGAAGAGACAGCGACUGGAGACUGCAGAGAGGUUCCAGAAACAUCUGGAGAGGGUGGUGGAGAUGAUCCAGGGGUGUCUGGCCUCACUGCCCAAUGACCUACCCCAGACUGAGGGCUUGAGUGGUGAUGGGGCGAGGGGUGUUGGGAUUGGCGGGGCGUUGGGGUUGGACGCCAGGCUAAAGACUGAACCCAUGGACGUGGAGGAGGCUGGGACUAGCUGUAUGGCUGUUGGGCCACAACAGGACAAAAGCACGGGUGGUGCUGCUAAGAAAGACAAAGUAUUGGACAAGGAUGCUGCCAUGUGUAGUAUUAUCGACGAGAUCGCCUGAGUCUUGUGUUUAGAGCUAGGGGUCUCUACAGCAGGGUGCAACGAUGAAGAACGUUCAGAUAUAAAAUUGUUCUGUAGAGCAAUGAUUGUCUGUGUUGAAUAGUGAAUUGACCACCCUGUUCAUUAUAUUUCUAUAUGCAACGUUCAGAAUCAAAAUGAUUCACCUUGCUGAAUAUAGGUUUUUCCUGGUCAUUAUGUUUUUCAUUGGUCUCGGUUGAAUUGUGUCGUAUGCUUAAUGUAGUUAUGAUCACAUACGCUGUCCGCAGUUCUAGUAUCUUUUCUUAAGUCAAAGCUUUACUGAAAUGAUGUGUCAUGGACUAUGAAGACACACCUUCCUUGAGUUGAGACAUUUGGGAUAUCGUUGGGGUUUAGAUGCUGCUAAAAUUCAUAAUUUGAUAAAGUUUUAAUAAAGUAAUUUCUAAGUCCUUAAACAAUUUAUAUACUUUUAAUUUUUUAAAUAAUAUUAUGAUUAAUUGUCAUAGUUGAAUUAGAAAUAAUUAGGCCUUAUGCCACUGGUUGGUUCUGCUGAAUCCUUUCAGGUUGUCUUAACUGGGUCCUGGCUGGAAACCACUUUUCUACUUUUCAAAUUAUAUUUCUUACCUUAGCUGAGUCCCUGUGAAAACAAACCAAAUAUAUAUUUUUAGGAGCUGAACAACCGCAUUAUAAAAUGUAGUCCAAGAAUGCUUGCUCUUGCGCAUUCAGUGUUUAAACCUGAACCCUAUUCAUAUGUCAACCUUAUAUGAUUGAAUGUCAGUGUCCCAGUGACUUGCAAACAGCCACGGCAACAGUCUUUGUUAGAGAAAAGGGGGCAGGUCCGUGAAGCUUUGUGUGUAGCAGCUUGAUAAUGUAAGCUUCUACUUGUAGCAACGUGAGCUAAUGUCCCAGUCAGAGAUCUGCCAUACACUGCCUCAGGCUGUCUCUGUCACUGUUUGGCUGGAUAGGUCAGGGACAGGUUGGUGUGUAGUUACAUACAGACACACUCAGGGGGGGAAGUUUCCCCUAGCCUAGUCAGGGAGAGGUUGGUGUGUAGUUACAGACACACUCGGGGGGGGGGGGGGGGGGGUAAAACAUUUAGUAGAAGUGCUGAUUAAUGCAGACAGUUUAGUCUUAAAAAUAGUUAAACACUAUGUAAAUGCUCCCAACAAUUUAAUGGGUAAAUCAACAACUUUUAGACAAUGCCAUGUAUCCUGAAGGAGGCGGUGUUGCUGAAACUUUAGUGAUUUACCCAUUUAAUUGUUGGAAGCAGUUGCAUAGUGUGCAACUCUUUUAUGAAGUUUCCCCUAGCAACAGAUGUGGUAUCAGCUUCCCCAAUUCUAACCUGAACCAUUAGUGGGGGAAAUGGCCGGGGUGACUACACCCACUCUGUCUGCACUCUCACAGUUACCAACAUACUAACAGUGGAAUCAGUGUUGUAUAGGCUUGGUCUGUGCUAUGUAACUAACACAUGCAGUAAUGGGAGUUUGCUCAUUGGCUGUGUUUGGCUCCUAUUAGAAGACGGAUAGUUGGUGACAUACAGGGAAAUUGAAUCCUUACACAACAUGGGAUGAGCUAGUACUGCAGGCAGGCCUGGGUUGUGUAAGCGAAGGUUUGCAUAAGUGCACUUUAGUCCCAUAAACAGAGACACACUGAACCACUAGGUGGAUUCAGAUUUCCUCACUACAGCAUACGUACAGGCCUUGAAUGGAUGUGCUGUUCAGUUUGGAUCAAUGAGGACAGACAACACCACCCGUGAAAUGUGAUGUGAAUUUCCAUUCCUGUUUUACGAAAACAUGUUUUUUGUUAUUGAACUCGUUGGGAAACACAAUUGCCUUGUUUGUUUUUCCGUAUGUUAUAUAGUAGCCUAGAUACUGCUAUCUCUGAUUCAACAUGUCUGUGAAUCCUGUAGUCACAUCAGACAUGCAUUAUUUCAACAGGAGCACAAUUCAUUACCUAACACUACUGCCCCAGAUAUCAAACUCCUACUCAAACCAGAGAGACCGACAUUUUCAAGUGGUUGCUAUAGUGACAGAAUGAUUAUGAAUGGUAGGUGGCCAAUGAAAGACGGGAUGCAUUAUGUGGGUCUGUACAGUCGUGGCCAAAAGUUUUGAGAAUGACGCAAAUAUACAUUUUCACAAAGUC